CGAGGGGCGGGACCAGCGCUCGGUUUGUGGGAGUCAGAGCCAUGGCGGGCUUGGUUGACUUCCAGGAUGAGGAACAGGUGAAGUCUUUCCUGGAGAACAUGAAGGUGGAGUGCCACUACCAGUGCUACCGCGAGAAGGACCCGGACGGUUGCUAUAGGCUGGUGGACUAUCUGGAGGGAAUCCAGAAGAAUUUUGAUGAAGCUGCCAAGGUGCUGAAGUUCAACUGUGAGGACAAUGGGCACAGUGACAGCUGCUAUAAGCUGGGGGCCUAUUACGUGACUGGAAAAGGUGGCCUGACUCAGGACCUAAAGGCUGCAUCUGCCUGCUUUCUGAUGGCCUGUGAGAAACCAGGAAAGAAGUCUGUGGAAUCCUGUCACAAUGUUGGACUCCUGGCACACGAUGGACAGGUCAAUGAGGAUGGCCAGCCUGACCUGGGAAAGGCCAGGGACUACUACACCAGGGCCUGUGACGGUGGCUAUGCAGCCAGCUGCUUCAACCUCAGUGCCAUGUUUCUACAGGGUGCCCCUGGCUUUCCCAAGGACAUGGGUCUGGCAUGCAAAUAUUCAAUGAAGGCCUGUGACCUGGGCCACAUCUGGGCUUGUGCCAAUGCCAGCCGCAUGUACAAACUGGGGGAUGGUGUUGAUAAGGACGAGGCCAAGGCCGAGAUGCUGAAAAAUAGGGCCCAGCAGCUGCACAAAGAACAGCAGAAAAAUGUCCAACCUGUAACAUUUGGGUAAUGUGUGGCCCACCCUCCCUUCCAAGCAGCAGACAGCUUGACACUGGCACCCCUUCUAUGAGACCAGAGGAGCCCUUGGAGGUCAGUCAGUGCCAUCUGCUCCAGAGUGUCACCUGCUGGGAGUGGCUGGAAGUGUGUGUUUUAGCAAACAAUCCUUUGUGUGUAUUCUGUGAAGACACCCAUAUUAUGGGGGUCUUAAUUUCUAAACUGGACCUCUGAAAAACAGGAGCAGCAAACUGUAGAGCCAUAGUCUUUUGGGGUUGGGGAGACAAAGAGAAGUUGGGAAAUUUAGCAGCCACGGGUCCUCAAAGAAUCAGCUAUCAGAAGAGCUUGAAAAUUAGAAAGCAUUCUAAUUUGCAUAGCAGAGGUCCUGAGGAGGUAAGAACAGCGAACAGCGGCAGUCACGACUGCCGCCCUCUGCCUUAUGUAACCACGGUGUGGGCUCCUUGCCUUUCCAGUCAGACCUUUCCACAGAUUGAUAGGAUCAGAGCUAUGUGCCACAGGAAGGUUGAAGGUGGUUAUAGUAUGCCUUGGAUUUGCCAAAGAAGACAAAACCUAAGCGUCCCCUCCUCUAGACAAGACAUUCGCAGUUAAAACUUAACCUCCUCAGCUGCCUCUGCUCCUCAUGGGAAGAUAGAUGACUCCUGAAGCAGCUCCAGCUAGGAGUUAGUGACAGGAUAGAGUCCUCUGAACAGAACCUUGUGUGUGUGUGUGUGUGUGGGUGGGUGUGUGGGUGUGUGGGUGGUUGCUGGGAGGGGUUCAAGACAGGGUUUCUCUGUGUAAUAGCCCUGGCUGUCGUGGGACUCCCUCUCUAAACCAGGCUUUCCUCGAACUCACAGAGAUCCACCUGCCUCUGCCUCCUGAGUGCUGGGAUUAAAGGCUUGUGCUACCACCAACUGACUUCUUUUUUGUGCUGCCAAUGCUGGUCUUGAACUCCCAGCCCUGCCUCGGCCCCUGGUGCAGACAUAUACCACUACAUCAGGCAAGACUGAACGUGUUAAACUGUCCAGAUGAACGAACUGUUUUUUAAUCUGUCGUGCUCCUGUUAUCCAGACCCUGGCAGGAUAAAAUGUGUUCAUCAUGGUGGCUGCACAUAUUUCUUUUUUGCCUUUGUGUGUGUGCCUUUUUAAUAUUUUCUCCUAUUGUCUCUGCUUGCCACCAGGGGGCGAGCUUGUUCUUUUCUUCUGAUAGCUGGAUCAUUGUAUCUGUCACUACCUGGCCUCCCUUCGGUCUGGCAGCUAGCUGCUCUAGAAGGCAAGCUUGCCUUUGAGCGGUAUGUGCAGUCAGCUGCCCUCUCAAAUUGAUACAGGGAGGGCCUUUCCUGAGUGUAGAGAGAGAUUUUAAAAGAGAUCAGGUUUGUUUUUAGAAUGUCUUGAAAAUAGUGUGUGAUGUGAUUGGCUGCUGUAGGCCGACAAACGUAGGAAAAGAUACUAAUCAUAGGGGAACUAGACAUGAAAACAACCUGGACUCUUCUGUCCUGGAAUCGCAAGGUGGAAGGAGGCAACUGAUUCCUGCAAGUUCUCCUCUGACCUCCAUGCAGGAGUACACACCCAAUUAAAAAAACAAAUGUAAUAAGAGAUAUAAAACAGUAGACAAUUGACUUGAUUAGAAGAUAGCAAAGCUGGCUGGGUGUUGGUGGCACACGCCUUUAAUCCCAGCACUCGGGAGGCAGAGGUAGGCGGAUCUCUGUGAGUGCGAGGCCAGCCUGGACUACCAAGCGAGUUCCAGGAGAGCCUCCAAAACAAUACAGAGAAACCCUGUCUCGAAAAAAAAGAAAGAAAAAACAAACAAAAAAGAUAGCAAAGCUGUGUGCAGUGACGCACUUUUGGAUAGCCUGAUGUACAUAGGAAGUUCCAGGCUAACCAGGAGUACAUAGUGAGACCCUGUCUCAAAAACAACCAACCAGAAAAGGCAAAUGUGUGCAUGAGAAGCCCUCUGCAGCGUGGCAGGAGGGGUACAAACUGCAGGAAGCACACUGUUGUGACUGUAGACGCUGAGACACAACAAGCGCAGGUAGGGUUGUGGAGUGGCAAGAACUCAAUCACUCAUGAAACGGUGGCAGGAAGAUAGCUGAUCAGUGUUUAACAAAAUAAACAUAGUGUCUUUGGUAAUCUUGCCCCUUAUAUUUCCCCAGGGGAAUUAGAAGUAUGCUCAUACAAAAACCAGCAUGUGAGUUCUCAUAGCAGCCGUAUUUAUAAUUGCCAAAACCUGGAAGCAGCAAAGGUGUGCUUCAGUAGGAGAAAGGGUAAGUGGUACAAUGGAAUAACUGGUACUAAAAGGAGAUGACAAAAGAUGUAGAGGGAUAUUACUGAAUGAAAGGCUUACAUUCCUCAUUCCAGUUGUAUGAUAUUGGUGUCCUCAAAAAAGUGAUAGCAGUAAGUUAGAGCCUGGCAGUGUGGUUCAGUGGUGGAGGGCUGAGUUCCUGGGUUCUACAGGUUCCAAAAUUGAGGUGGCGGGCUGCGGAGAUGGCUCAGCGUAUAAGAGCACUCACUGCUCUUACAAUGAGUUUGGUUCCCUCGCAUGGUGCUCAGAACCUUCUAACUUCUGGUCUCAGCAGGCACGUACAUGGUACAUGCAAAAGUCUUACACACAACAUAAAAAUGUUUUUAAAAAAAGUUCACAUGGUAGAAUGGUUAGAGUUCUUAAGGUCAUGAGAUCACUCUCUGUAUGGUACUCUUUUUUGUUUUGUUUUUUUGUUUGUCGAGACAGGGUUUCUCUGUGUAGCGUUGGAGCUUAUCCUGGUGGCACUUGCUCUGUGUAGAUCAGGCUGGCCUCAAACUCACAGAUAUUUGCCUGCCUCUGUCGCCCGGUUCUGGGUUAAAGGCAAGUGCCACCACCACCCAGCUGUAUGGUACUCUUGAUGGUGGAUACAAGUCUUGAGUCAUUUGUUCAAACUGGUAAAAUGUGAAAUAAGAAUGAACCCUAACGUAAGCAAGGACUUUGGGGAUGAUGUGUUCACAUAGGUUCAUCAGUUACGAAGGUGUCAGGAUGUCUGCUGAAGGUGUCAGGAUGUCUCUGUCAGGGCUGAUUCUUUGUACAUAGGAAAUUGCUGUAUUUUCUCAACUUUGUCAUGAACCAAAAGCUGUAAGAAAAUCUAUUCAAAAUAGAAUCACAUCUGAGAUACUACCUCACACCCAGUAGGACCACUACUAUUAAAAUAAAUGUCAAGUAUAAAGAAAUUGGAACCCUUAUGCACUGUUGGUGGGAAUGUGACAGUUUAGAAAUAAAUCACAUUUUUGUUUAUGAAA